CGCUCGUUCCCGUCCUUCCCCGCGCCGCUCCGCGCGCUCCGCCCGCUCACCGGAGGCAGAUACCGCACGCGGGCGCCUGUGCGUGUAUAUGUGUGUAUGUAUGCAUGUGCCCCGCGCGCGCUCCUCCUGCUCCGGUCAUUCCCAACUCAUCGUGACACGCGCGCGCCGUCGCUGGGCUCUUUUUGUUGCAGCAGCAGCUUCUGCUCUUCCGCAGCAUCUUUCUCGCGCAGAGUCUCGAGCGGAGUGGGUCGCGCGAGCCGAGGAGGCGCGGGGGAAGGAGUGUAAGAAAGGAGAGAGAAGAAGGGAAGAUAGAGAUAAAGAUAAAAGAAGGGAUUGGAGCGCGUGGAGCAGUGAAAGGUGGUCGCUGGAAGGCGCGAGCCCCGCCGCUGUCCAUGGUGCUGAAACCCAGCAGCUUCUUCACCGUUGGACUGAAGGGAACUCCACCCUGCCGCUGAGUCCAGCUCCACAAACAUCUGCCGACUGCCUCCCAUGAGCAGUGUGUUAUGCUCUGGGCAGACUGUAAAGUCCUGGAUGCUAUGAGGGUCAGACGGAGAUCCCGGGGGGCCGCCAGGAAGCUCUCUUGCUCCUUCUGGUUCCUGCUACUGUUUGGGGCAGGGGGUCUGCUGCUCUUCAUCCACCUGCAGGACCUUUCCGACAUGGUGCAACAGCAAGGACCAGGGGUCAAAUUCAGUGGCAUGGCUCGGCAGACGAGGGAGGAGCUCUGUGGUCAGCAGGACAGUGAUGUUGCGGGCAGUGCUGCUGCAGCUCGGAUGGUCAGAGGAGUCAGGCAUGAUGAGCCUAGCGCUGACAAUCCUGUCUCACCCAUGCAGUUCCCCGCCUUCGACUGGAACAGACCAGCCCCCACACCCGGCUCCCGUGAGCAUGAGCUGGGCCAGCGGGUCACCAAACGCCACCGAAAACUCCUCAAGACUGGCCCGGUCAUACGGUCACUCUCCAACUUCUCUUUGUCAAGCUCCUCACUGUCAGACUCCAUGCCCGAGAGUUGGCGGCGGCUCUCGCGAAUCCAGGAGGCACGACGGCGCCUGAUGAAGGAGGUGUGCGCCAAAUACCGCAGUAAUAUCUCACGCACCGUCACGCCCCACCACGUCAGCCGCAUCUAUGUGGAGGAUCGGUACAAGCUGCUGUACUGCGAGGUGCCCAAAGCUGGCUGCUCCAACUGGAAGAGGGUGCUGAUGGUGCUGGACGGAGUCGCCUCAUCCACCCGUGAUAUCGGACAUGACGCUGUUCACUAUGGCAACCACCUGAAGAGGCUGGACAGUUUUGACCGACAGGGCAUCGCCAGGCGCCUGGACACCUACACCAAGGUUCUGUUCGUGCGGGAGCCCAUGGAACGGCUGGUGUCAGCCUUCAGGGACAAGUUUGAGAGCCCCAACUCCUACUACCACCCCGUCUUCGGCAAGCCCAUCAUCUCCAAGUACAGAGUGAACGCCUCCAAGUCGGCCCUCAGGACGGGCAGCGGCGUCACCUUCCAGGAGUUCAUCCGCUACCUGCUGGACGUGCACCGGCCCGUGGGCAUGGACAUCCACUGGGAGCCUGUCAGCCAGCUCUGCAGCCCCUGUCUGCUGGACUACGACUUCAUCGGCAAGUUCGAGACCAUGGAGGAGGAGGCCAACUUCCUCCUGCGCAGGACAGGCGCCCCAAGAAACCUCACCUUUCCCACGUUCAAGGACAGGAACCCCAAAGCGGCAAGGACUUCCACACACAUCACCCAGCACUACUUCACACAGCUCAACGCCUCGGACAGGCAGCGGGCGUACGACUUCUACUACAUGGACUACCUGAUGUUCAACUACUCCAAACCCUUCAAGGACUUGUACUGAGGUGGCUGCGCCUGUGCAGGAUAAGCUGUAAAAGACUGCUGGCACGUUACAGCUAUACAGUGUUUCUAUUAGUAACUCAUGCUAACUGUUUAAAACUACCAAGCUUUCUGCUACAUUGGCACUUCAUGGCAUAAUACACUCAAAUUACAUUGGGAGGAUUGAAACAGAUCAGUGUAGACCUGCUAAUUAAGCUGGGAUUUUAAUGUAAUAGUUGGGCAAAAAAAUCAAACAUGCAUAGUUUUCCCUCUUGUUGAUCAGGCCUGACUUGUUUUGCUGGCUUCUUUGGAUUUGCACGGCUAAUGUAGCCAGUCCAUGUUCAUGCAGUGUCUCACACAGCGUCAGAAACCACAUAAGAAAGAACUUUCUGAGUCUGCUGCGAUCAUUGAAGCAUGCAGUUAGCAUGACGCUAAUUGCAUAAUUCAGAGAAAGUCAUGCCUCCAUUAGCUUCUGUAACUAUGUCUGUAGCUUGCAUCUUUACACAUGUGCUGGCAGGUAGACUGAGCCGAUGGUUUGACUGAUGUAGCUACAGAAACUAUAGGACGUAUGAUUUUCUUAGAAAUUUGCAGUUAGCAUCAUGAUGCCUGUUUAGUGUAGAAUAGGGCUUAAUUUGUAAAAGAUCAGGUCCUGGAACACAGGGUAGUGAUGGAUCCGGCAGGUUGACGGAGCGGCGGUCCUGGAACCCACGAAAAAAUUAGGUUCUCCUAGAAUGUUCGAUCUCAAAACUAGUCUAAACGAGUUAAGAACAAACGUUCUCUUAACAUAUGGCUGCUAACGCACAGGUCAAGUAAGUGAUGGGCAUAUAAACUCACAAAAUAGGUGAAAUUAUUCCAUCCUAAUUUGGACUUUGAUCAAUCAAAAUUUCACCCCUUGUUCAAACACACAAAAAAAAAUGCUCUUCCAAGACCUUCACCACCGUAUUGACUGGAAACAUGAGCGCAGCUUAUUCAAAUCAUGAAACAAAUUAGGCGUGAUUUCAUUAAUCUGAACAGGAUCACAUGUCGAUAACUGAUUUCAUGAGUUCUGACUUUUGUUUUCUGUGAUGGACGCAUGGCGGCACAUCAUAGAUUUGUUUUUUGUUUUUUUACUAGAAUGUGUCACAGAAAUAAAAUUCAAGGUUCGGCCCACCUGUGAUGUGCCGAGCCCCUCCAAACUGGCAGUCCUGGCGCCGCUGCUGCGCUCUAGCUAUCGGUUUAGCUCAGCGUUUAAUAAAAUCUUCUGAGAGAUGAACAUUUACAGCAGUAGUGACGCACUUGUGAGAGAUGUGCUGUCGUUUCUCUCUCCAUGCGUCCAACAGAACUGAAACUGAAAGUGCAUGUUGUGGAAUGAGGUAAACAGCAUGCUAAGUUUUUUUUUCAUAUUUUGUUAUGAUAUAUUUGUUGAAUUGUUCAUAGAAAAGAUGUUCAGGGUAACGUGAGUCAGUUGCUCACUAACACCGUUGUACCAUUUUUAGUCAUCAGUCCAGACUAAUUUACUGCCGCCGCCGUUCUCACAGCAGGUUUGUUGUGAGGAGCAUUGUUGGAGUGCAGUCUUUUUUCACAGAGGAAGCAGCACUUGGAGAUGAUUGUGAUUGGCUGAGAGGUGUGUCAAUCAAUUUUGCCAACGAUCAAUUGGUGGCGCUUCCAUUACAUACCCACAUUAGCCAUGAAGUUCAGAGCAAAAGUAAAGAAGCAAGUAUUGCCUGAUCGAUGCAUUUGGGAAACUAUGGCUUUAACGUAUCAGAUGCACUUGAAACCCAAACGAAAUGAUUCUCUCCUCCAAACACACUUCAUUUACACGCCAAAAGUAACACACCACUCUUUAGAGAGCACACGUCACACGUUACACACGUCCACGACGCCUUUACCUAAACUGCUAUUUUAAAGUAUAAAAAGAAAAGUAACUAUAAUAUUCAGAAUUGUAAAAAGGGCAUUCAGAAGACUCUAUAUUUUUAUAUGUAUUUGUAUAUGGCUUUAGGUGUAUCUGUGUGUGUGGUUGUCUUCAUUCGAGGCCGUUGUUGAUUUUGUAGUAGGGUUUCUGAGUGUGCGUGAAGCUGCCACCUUUAACGUUAUGGCGUUUUCCCAUUUGUAAAUGACUGUGUAAGAAAACCUUCAUUCAGAAAUGGAGACAGAUUGCAGAUCAGAAAUGCCCUCGGUGAGAUGACAGUUCUGGCUGGGGUAAUCCAUGUUUUCAAAAAUGCCACGUCUAAAAGUUUCAUUUAAAUCAAAAUAAUACCUUCAUUAACCAUAACCCUUGGAAGUCUAGCGAUAUUACUGUCAUUUUGCUAUUUUCUCAUUAUUGCAAUGUAAUUACAUAGUUAUUACAUGGUUAUUAUAAAAAAUGACCUUCAUAUAGUGUAUUUACAGGUUUUAAUCCAAGCAUUUGGCUUCAGUUGUUUGUUGUCAGUCAGACUGAUAGAAAAGUCAAUCUUUUGGAAUAUGUUUCCGCAAAAAAGGCCUUGAACAAACAAUUCAAAUUAUAAUUAAAUCCUCCUCUUUUACU